GAGCAUACGAAUUUCAGAUUCACUUAUCACUAAGUAGUGGUUUUUGUGUGUGUAUGUUUGGUUGUCUCCCGUAUUGCAAAUAUUAAUUUCAUUAAAUAUUAAUGAAUGAGACCUAAUAUCUACAUAUUAUCAUAUUGUUCUCUAUGGAUAUCUGACUCGCUCGUAUGUCUACACUAACUUUAACAUUUUAAAAUCAGUUCCUGACAACUUGUGUCUAUUAGUGGCUCCUCUACUGUUUUACAGUGCGAUUUAUAUGAAUGUUGCAUAAUCAUAAUUACACAUAUUGAUAUGCUUUGAAUAUGGCCAACUUGUUUGCAAUAGCACGAUACCUCGUUUUAUAUAAUCGGGCAUAGGUUUGGAGUUAAGUAGUUUAUGGAUGAAUUACGGUUAUGCUUCUUUAACAUAAACGUUGGACAAACCUAAAUUAGAUUUACUGAUAUGCGGAGUGUUUAUAUUAGCUUCCGGAUUUGUUCUAUUUCUUAUGUUUUAAGUCGUUGAUUUAAUUUGAACUGCGCUUAUUCGAUCAUGGAGUCAAAAUUGUAACGUGACUUUGUGAUGCUAUUCGAAUUUCUCUGUCUUUUUGAAACAAUUUUAAUUUAUCGGUUGAUCUUUUGUAAAGGCCAUGUCUUGAUUUUUUUUUUUUUUUAACAUCAAAGAUCAUGUCUUGAUAUACCAACAAAAGACAGAUAAAUUAUUCUCUACACCCUUGUCUUCGACAGGCUAAUCAGCUCUUUAUUGUUAAAUGGAAUAAAUAACCGUGUUUUAUACUGCGCUCGUCAACAUCAUAAAAAAAUCAUAUUUAUUCGAAUAUUUACCCAGUAAUAACAGUUUAGUAAACUUUUUUUGACAAUAAACUAAAGAGGAGUAAAAUAAAUUGUCAUGUAAUUAAGUAAUAGUUAUUUUGAUGAGAUUUUUUUAGUAAUUAUAACAUCAAUAAAAUUUGAAUUGUCAUUUGUAGAAUAUCAACACAUUUCCAUGUAAUGCUCGCUAUUAGAGCUCUGGCAAUGCCAAUGAAAUGUGACAUCAAGCAAAUUAGCAACACUAGGGAAAAUACUUUCCAGUCACGUGUUAUUCCUAUCGUCUUCUUUUUUUGUGUUAUUCCUGUCUGUUAAGACAGUGUAUAAAUAAAUAUAUAUAUAAAGGUCAAAUAUACGUACAGGUUUCAUCACAAUAAUCAUAUUCACAUCUUAUAACCUCAUAAUCUUUUUUUUAUAUCAAAAAACCUCAUAAUCUAUAUUUACUAAUUACUAGACAUGCAAUCAACAGAAAUAACAUCACCGAACUACUGAAUAACUGAAUCAAAUUGACUUAAAUCAAAAUUAUGACUAGAGUUAAAUACUUAAAUUAACAGUUUUACUAAAAUCAACGAACCGAAUUGAACCAAAAACCGAAAAAAAAAAACUGAAAUACCCAUUCGAAUGUGAAAGCGGUGGCCGCAAUGAAAAAAGUGUUUAGUGUUAUACUUAUAAAAGUGGACCCAACCAUUUCACUUUGUUUCGCGAGUGCAUGUCUUAUUAUCUUAUACUUUUGACAAAUAGGCUUAGGCUUAUGAUUGUCAUGAAAGAUAUAUAAAUACACACAUAUCAUUAUAAACUUAUAGUCCACCAAAAAAUUUAUGAGAAAGUUGGAGGUGGGUUACUGAUGAUUAUAAAAUGAAUGUUUUGUUUUUUAUAAUAUUAAAAUUACAUAAUAAAAUUGAAAUAGCAAAAUAUCUAAGUGGUAUUUAUAAAUUUUGAGUAUUACCAAAUAGUAAUUUUAAAUUAUUUAAUAACGAAAACGAAUUUCUACUAUUCUUUUCAAUUUGAUGAAGAAAAAAUUGUUUCACAUUUUCUUUAAAUGAAUGAAAUAGGAGAAAAGAUAAAGAACAAACAUAUAUGAAAAGAGAUUUUUUGGACAAAACUUACCAUUUUUUAUGUUUCAUUUUUUUUCUCUAAAAUAAAUCACCAGUUAAAAUUUUUGUAGGUCUGAAAUUCUUUUUGGAACUGAGCUGGAUUGGUUUUGGGCUUUAACCCUAACUAACUGACAUGCCAUAUCUCCUAGUGUUGGUAGUGCUGAUUCCAAUUAUGGUCCACAUACAGAGCCAGAAUAAUCGAUCUUCAAGAAAUUGACAAUAUUGAUCUUCAACGAAAUUCAGGAAUGAUCAAGAUCAUGCACGAAUAAUCACAUGAGAGAUCAGUGCUUUGCUUGAAACUAACCAACUAAUUUGAAAGUAGAUGUAGUCAUUCAAUCAACAAAAUUCGGUCGUAUAAUUUGCAAAUAAGAUGAACAUAAAUCACAGGUUAUUAAGUUCAUUUUGCGUACCUACCAAUGAUUCUUUCUUUUUUUUUGUGAACACCACCAAUGAUUCAUUAGUAUAUGAUAUUUUCAGCUUUCUUUUGUGUUGAAUUAUCAGCCGAGACUCAGUUAAGUGGGGAAAGUAAGAAGCAACAACUCCUCUUCACAGACCUUAACAAAUCAACUAAACUUAGAUGUUAAACAAUUAAAAAGGCUCAUCACGAGUUAGCUGAUUAUUCCUAAGUCGUAACCAACCACUACUCCGAAUAAGGACUAUAUAAAUACUCGUCCAGCUUUCAUUAGUUUCCCACCACAAGUAGAAAACAUUUCAAUACACAAUCAACACACUUCUUCUUUUCUUUAAAUCCCAGCUGCAAGAGAUAAUGGCGAAAGAGUCCACCACCAUUGACAUCGGCGAACCGAGCACCGUUACCAAAAGUACAAGCCAUGCCGUGGUGGACGAGAAGAAGAAGAGUUUUGUGACAGCCGCCGCAGGAGGCGGCUACAAGAGAGGUUUGACCAUAUUUGAUUUUCUCCUCCGUUUGGCGGCCAUAGGAAUCACCAUCGGGGCUUCCUCUGUCAUGUUCACCGCCGAGGAGACACUUCCCUUCUUUACUCAGUUCUUACAGUUCCAAGCCGGUUACGAUGACUUUCCCACGUUUCAGUUCUUUGUGAUAGCCAUAGCCAUAGUGGCCAGCUAUCUCGUCCUUUCACUUCCCUUUUCCAUCGUCACUAUUGUCCGACCACUGGCAGUUGCGCCCCGGCUCAUCCUCCUCAUCUCCGACACCGUGGUCUUGACGCUUACCACAGCAGCAGCAGCUGCGGCAGCAUCAAUUGUCUACCUUGCACAUAACGGUAACGCAAACACCAAUUGGCUCCCCAUUUGUCAGCAGUUUGGAGACUUCUGCCAAACCGCAAGUACUGCAGUUGUAGCUGCAUCUAUCUCGGUUGUCUUCUUUAUCCUUCUCAUUGUCAUCUCAGCCAUUGCCCUAAAAAGGCAUUGAUCUGAAAGUUUCUGCAUGUAUAUGUUUGUGUUGUGUCGUGUGCUUUGUGUAAGAUGAGAUGAUAGAUAUAUGGUAUCAUUAAGGUGUGGUCCGUGUGGAAAAUUAAACUGGAAUUCAUGUAUUUUGUAAGGAAAUUUGUCUUGGUUCAUCUUGAACUCUUAUCUUAAAGUUAAAGGCCGUAAAUCAUCUUACCA